AUGAUCCCGCGUGUUGUCGCGUCCCGGCAGCAGCACCAACACGAGCAUUUCCCCCAACAUACCAUGGACUCCAUCCUCAAUGGCCUCAAUUCGGCCCAGCGCUCCGCUGUCACAUCCUCUGCACCCAUCCUGCAGGUGCUCGCCCCACCUGGAUCAGGAAAGACCAAGACCUUGACGGCGCGCGUCGCGUACCUGCUCGCGCACGAGGGCUACCAGCCCCAAGAUGUCAUCUGCUGCACUUUCACCAUCAAGGCGAGCCGUGAGAUGCGCGAACGGUUGGCCAAACUGAUCGGAGAGCGAUUGGAGUCCCGACUGAUUCUGGGUACCUUCCAUUCUAUCUGUCGGCGAUACCUGGUCAAGUACGGCUACUUGAUCGGUCUCAAGAAAGGUUUUGGGAUUGCAGAUUCAGACGACACGAGAGGCAUCAUUAAAAGGAUCCUCAAACGACUCAAUUCCAGCAUGGAGACCAGAGCGGCACAAGGACGGAUCUCUCGCUACAAAGCUCAUGGGUUGAGCCCCGAUGAAGCGGCCGCUCAAGCCAAGGCGGAGGAGCAUGAAUUGGUGGAUAUAUACCGUGCAUACGAAUCUGCGCUGGCCACGUCCAAUCUCUUGGAUUAUGAUGACUUACUUCUGCGGUGCGGUGACCUUCUCAGACAGCAUCCGCAGUGCGUGUCGAACGUUCAGGCUGUUUUGGUGGAUGAAUUCCAGGACACAAAUGUUAUUCAAUACGACUUGAUGAAUCUCUUUGCGUCGAAGAACCGGCGGAUCACCAUUGUCGGUGAUCCAGAUCAAAGCAUCUAUGGCUUUCGAUCGGCAGAAAUUCAAAACCUCAAUCGAAUGCAACGGCGAUAUGCGAACACAUCCGUGGUUCUCUUGGAAGAUAAUUAUCGCUCGUCGGCGUCGAUUUUGAAUUCAGCCCAGGAGGUCAUUGAGCAGGAUACGUCUCGGCCAGCAAAAAAGUUGCAGGCGACUCAUUGCUAUGGAACGUUACCGGUGUUGAGAAAAUUACCGACAGCUAACGCGGAGGCCCAGUGGUUAGUACUCGAGAUCAAACGGUGUGUAGCUAUGACCGGUGGCCUGUUGCGAAUGUCCGAUUUCGCCGUUCUGCUCCGUACCGCGGCGCUGUCGACGCGGAUUGAGACCGCAUUUGGAAGAGCAGGCAUCCCGUACCAAAUGGUUGGGGGGCGCAAGUUCUUUGAUCGAGCUGAGGUCAAGACUCUAUUAAAUUAUCUGCGCGUGGUGAGCCACACCGAGCAUACUGAUGCCUUGCUGGGUAUUAUCAAUACUCCGUCGCGCAGGAUUGGCGAGGAAACCGUGAAACAGCUGACCAGCGGUGCGGAGAAGGCCAAUAUCCCAUUGUGGACUUUUAUCAAGGAUGUGAUUCAGGGACGUCGGUCGACUGGGAAGAAGUUACAGAGUACAACGGAGCGUGGGCUCUGCGCUCUCGUCAAAUUGAUUGAGGCCGCCAGAGAGAAGUUACAGGAUUGUAACGAUGUAUCUGCUCCGCAGGUGCUUCUUGAGUUCAUCACUGAGCGCCUCUCAUUUCAGGAAUGGCUCACCCAAGAAUAUCCCCUCGACGAGGACACUCGUUGGGCGAACGUCAAGGAAUUGAUGAGUCAGGCCAGUGAAGUUGCUGCAAACAUCCAAGACGGUGAUAAGGAGGAAGACCUGCCAGAGAUCGAGGGCGUUGAGCAACAAGUGGCCCACUCCGGAGAAGAGGCGCUUUCCCGGUUCCUUGCGAAUGUCGCUUUGGCCACCGAGAUGACCAAAGACAAGGAUGAAGAAGGUGAACAGACCCAAGAAAAAGUCACCAUUUCCACCAUUCACGCAGCGAAAGGCCUAGAGUGGCCUGUCGUCUUUGUUCCGGCAGUAUAUGAUGGAAGUAUUCCUCACUCGCGAGCUGAAGUGGUGGAUGAAGAGAGACGUCUGCUAUAUGUGGCAAUGACUAGGGCUCAAGCUUUGUUGUACCUGAGCCUUCCUCUUCGACAACCUCGAUUCGGUGAAGGCGAGGACGCGACCACAAGCCUAACGCCUUUUUUGGGCGGCAAGGUGACCAAGACACACUUUCGCGCGACGGGGCCUCGCUUGCAGGAAAAGGUGGUCUACGGCAUCGCCGAUAUUCUGCGGCGAGCUCGCCCGGCUCCUGAGGCCAUGUUCAAGGCACUGAGUUCGCUUCCUUCAACAUUGGACGACCAAUGGACACCAGAUGGUGAAGAGCUAAAGGAUGCUGUCACUAAAUGGGACGGCAGCCUGGAUGUCCAUAAUGGGGGCGAGCCGUACCCUAAGCGACAGCGUCCCAACACCCACCAAGUUUCGACAUCAACGACCUACGUCUCUUCAACCGGGUAUACCAUGAACAAUUCCUCAAACUUCACAGUUCCUACGGCGCUUCCAACUGGAUUCCAGUCUGCUCGUGAUUACAUCGCCACAAACUCCGCUGCUAAUGCAGAGGCACCCGCGGCCUCCGGAUUGAAGCGUACUUCAUCAGAAGCGGCAUCAUCCAGUAAGCCAAAAGCUGGCACCAGUGCCGGCCGCAAAGAUGGCCUCGCCCAAGCAAGUAUCUCAAACUUUUUCGGCGGGUCGGGAUCUUCCCAGAAGAAAGAACCUACCCCAGCGCCUGCUCGCCCACGACCUCAAGAAAUUCGACGAAACGAACCGGCGCUUGCUCAUAUCGUGCGUCCAGCUGUUCCGUCCUCCCUUUCAUCUCAUCGACCUCAAUCCCGGCCGCUCCAGCCAUCACGGCCGACGCUUGAACCCACUGAGCCCAACGGCUACACCUUUCUUGCAUCCCCAACCAAUUCUACAAUCAAACCGGCCAGGAUGCUAUCACAGCGGGAACGCAAUGAAGAGAAUCUACCUGCCAGCGAGAAGACACAAGAAAGCUCGACCAGCGGCUUCCAGUCUGCAUCAACGUUCCACACGACUACGAUGUCAGUGGUGCGCCAGCAAGCCCCCGGGGCGUCGGGCCGGUGGACGUUGGGGAUUCGACGGAGUAUGAAUAAUGGUUGGGAUGAUCGGAUGAAACGGGAAGGGAAAGGAAGGGUAAGCUGA